AUGUCCGUGCGACCCUUCUCUCCGAGCGAAUCCUUUGCUUUCCCGAAACCCCCAGGGCUGUUACGACAAUCUUUACAGGACAUGCAAGAUCCGUUCGGUGACAAUUCAUCCUACAACAUCUCGCGUGUCUCGAUCGCCGCCACGGCGCCUCGCUCUUCGCACCCUCCUUCUAUCAGCUCCGCUCAAAACCCUUUCGCUGACAGCGCAAGCGUCGACACAGGCCCCUCCCCAAUUUCUGACAUCGUACCCGGCAUCCCGCACAAGAUCUUCCGGCCUUUCGCUCCUACCCUCGUUGACGAGCUGGCAGUGGAAGUGGGCGAAGAGGUGCUUGUCCUGCAAGCAUUCGAUGAUGGGUGGGCACAAGUGAGGAAGGGGGAGAGGGGGCCUAAGGGGCUGGUUCCUCUCGACUGCUUCAGGGAACACGGGGAGAACAUCCCAGCUUUCCUGGCUUCGAAGAGAGUCAGCAGCUUUUUCGUGGAAGCUCUAUGA